AAUGUUUAUGGUCUAUUUGUGUCAAUCGGUAAUUAUUCAAAUUAUAAUAAUACGAAUUAUACGGAUUACGGGAUUAACACCGAGACAUGUGGCCUGAGAUACACACCCGAAGCCAUUGACAUAACGUAUAACAACACAAAAUGCUUUCAUAAUAACUAUAAGGCUAUACGAAAAUGGGAUACCUUUGGGCUGCAAUUACACCCAACACGGGAUCUAUUGGACAGUCGUGUGGCAAACGGAUGGCCGGUCAAAAAUGGGGAAGCACCAUGGGCGGUUAGCCUACAAUUUUUUGAUUCACAUCAUUUAAGCAGACCUACAUUUUGCAGUGGAGUAUUGAUCACCAGAUUAUGGGUACUAACGGCUGCUCAUUGUAUUGUAAAUAACGCCGGCCUAUCUCUAUGGGUGACCGCCGGCGCCAAUCGUAACAGCGGUAAGGAUACUGUCCGAGUGUUGGCCGAACCGGUCAUUCAUAGCGGUUAUAACGUAAGCGUCAAAACCCUAUACGACUUGGCGUUGGUUCGGCUCCAGAGGGAAAUGUACGCCAAACCCGAGGGCCAACAGUUUAUGGUCAACACCGUAUGCCUGCCCGACAAACAACAGGUUAACACAGAGCUAGAAUGGGCCACACUGUAUGGCUUUGGUCGUAUUGACACGCGUAAUACUACGACAAAUUGGUUGCACCGUGGUCAUAUAUUAUUGGCACCGUAUGACACGUGUAAUGCUAUUAAAAAUACCACAAGACUGUUGUGUUCACUAAACAUACCCUCAGUUAAUAUGUCCUUUCCGUGUAAAGGUGAUUCGGGCUCAGGUCUGGUCCAAUAUACAAACAAAUACCGUACCCGAGCUAUACUGGUUGGCACACACGUAACCGGCAUACAUGUGCAAACUGAUUGUGCGUUUGUUAAAGUUGGUAACUAUUCUGAUUAUUACCGAGAUUUGGGGAUUAAUACCGAGACAUGUGGCCUGAGAUUCAUACCCACAGCAAUUGACAUAACGUAUAACAACACAAAAUGCUUUCAUAAUAACUACACUCAUCUACGAGUGAUGGAUAUGUAUGGCCCGCACUUAUGGCGCAAAAAGGAUGUGUUGGGCAGUCGUGUAAUGAACGGGCGUCGGGCACAUCUGGGCGAAGCACCAUGGGUAGUUAGCAUUCAAAUUAAUUACAUGGACUUUCGUCACGGACCUGGAUCAGCUUUGACACCUAUAGACAUUUACUACUGCACGGGUGCGUUGAUUGCCAAACAAUGGAUAUUAACGGCCGCCCAUUGUUUCAAAACUUCUACGUUUAGGGCCGAAGAGUCGUCACACUUUCCCAACCAAUACGACCCAAAUGGCAACUUUACGGAGAGAGACGACAUAGCGUUGGUUCGGCUCCGGGAGGCGAUCAAUGUGCCAGUUGUUGGCCACACUAUAGUGAUCAACACAGUGUGCCUACCGGUGGAGAAUGUGUCCAAUACUGAGCCGGAAUGGGUCACGAUUUUUGGGUUUGGUUUUGUAAACAAUAUACAACACAAACAACUGCCCGAAUGGUUGCAUCGUGGUGAAAUACAAUUGCUACCGGAUACCAAGUGCCAGAAAUACCCAGGUUAUGUUGCCUUGUUAUGCUCUAAUACGUUCACCACAUACAAUCAAUCUAUCUCGUGUGAUGGUGAUUCGGGCGCAGGUUUUUUCCAGUAUACUGACAAAUACCGGACCCGAGCUAUACUGGUUGGCAUACAGGCUUCUGCACCUGUCGGCAACUAUCCCUGCAAUCCGGGCACCACUUAUCAGUACAGUACAACAUUUUCU